GCGGCUGCGGACGCGGCGGCGGCGGCGGCGGCCCCGGGAGCGGCAUCAUGAGCGGAUCACAGAGUAAUGACAAAAGGCAAUUUCUGUUGGAGCGACUGCUAGAUGCAGUAAAACAGUGCCAGAUCCGCUUUGGAGGGAGAAAGGAGAUCGCCUCAGAUUCUGACAGCAGGGUGACCUGCCUGUGUGCCCAGUUCGAAGCUGUCCUGCAGCACGGCAUGAAGAGGAGUCGGGGAUUGGCGCUCACCGCGGCGGCCAUCAAGCAGGCGGCAGGUUUCGCCAGCAGAACCGAGACAGAGCCCGUGUUCUGGCUCUACGUGAAGGAGGUCCUCAACAAGCACGAGCUGCAGCGCUUCUCCUCCCUGCGCCACAUUACGGCAGACGUGGGCCGCGGCCGCGCGUGGCUGCGCUGCGCCCUCAACGAGCACUCCCUGGAGCGCUACCUGCACAUGCUCCUGGCGGACCGUGGCAGGCUCAGCACUUUUUAUGAAGACUGGUCUUUUGUGAUGGAUGAAGAAAGGUCUAGCAUGCUUCCGACCAUGGCAGCUGGUCUGAACUCCAUACUCUUUGCAAUUAACAUUGACAACAAGGAUCUAAAUGGGCAGAGCAAGUUUGCUCCCACUGUCUCAGACCUGUUAAAAGAGUCAACGCAGAACAUGACGUCCUUGCUCAAGGAGUCCACGCAGGGGGUGAGCAGCCUCUUCAGGGAGAUCACAUCUUCCUCCGCCGUCUCCAUCCUCAUGAAGCCCGAGCAGGAGAGUGACCCUCUGCCUGUCCUGUCCAAGAUCGUCAGUGCCGAUGCUAAAUGUAAAAAGGAGCGGAAGAAGAAGAAGAAGGUGACCAAUAUUAUCUCAUUUGAUGAGGAAGAGGAUGAGCAGAACUCUGGGGAUGUUUUUAAAAAGACCCCUGGGGCUGGGGAGAGCUCAGAGGAGAACUCUGACCGCUCUUCGAUCAAUGUCGUGUGCACUUUUGAAAGCCCCUUUGGACCAAAUUCCAAUGGAAGUCAGAGCAGCAACUCAUGGAAAAUUGAUAGUUUGUCAUUGAAUGGGGAAUUGGGGCACCAGAAGCUUGAUGUAAAAAGCAUCGAUGAUGAAGAUGGGGAUGAAGAUGAGGAUGACGUGUAUGGAAACGCAGCCGGCAGGAAGCGCAUGAUCCACUUGGAGUCACCCGAGAAGCCUCUGGAUGGGAACGCGUGCCUUUCCCAGGCACACAGCUGGGCCCCGCUGCAGGUGCUGCACGGCAGCAGUGAUGCUGAAGUCCUCUUCCCGGUCAGCGGAGUGGGCUCCUGCAGCCCAGCAGAUGUCCCCGUGGGAAGCCUGGAGAACGGGACAGGACCGGAGGACCACGUUCUGCCCACGCCUGCCCUGUGCUACAGGUCCAUAGCAACGCCCGGCAUCUUUCCCCCUUUGUCAGUACUUCCUGCUGUCUCUGAGCCAGCCUCAAUGACGCAUGAGCUGCGCCAAGCUAUCGUGGCCAUGAUGAACAGGAAGGAUGAACUGGAAGAAGAGAACAGGUCCCUGCGGAACCUGCUGGAUGGCGAAAUGGAGCAUUCGGCUGCCCUCAGACAAGAAGUGGACAGCUUGAAGAGGAAGGUGGCAGAGCAGCAGGAGCGACACACCACGAAGGUCCAGGCUCUAGCCAGAGAAAACGAGGUGCUCAAAGUCCAGCUGAAGAAGUAUGUGGGAGCAGUCCAGAUGCUGAAACGAGAAGGCCAUACAGCUGAAGUUGUGCCCAAUCUUUGGAAUGUUGAUGGAGAAGUGCCAGUCCCUGAACAAAAGCCAGGAGAAGUUGCAGAAGAGCUGGCAAGCUCCUACGAGAGGAAGCUCAUUGAGGUGGCAGAGAUGCACGGAGAGCUGAUCGAGUUCAACGAGCGCCUGCACAGGGCCCUCUUGGCCAAGGAAGCCCUGGUGUCCCACAUGAGGCAGGAGCUCAUCGACCUCCGAGGCCCGGUGCCUGGAGACUUGAGCCAAACAUCUGAAGACCAGAGUCUGUCUGACUUUGAGAUAUCAAACCGGGCACUGAUCAACGUCUGGAUCCCGUCUGUGUUUCUCCGCGGAAAAGCAGCAAACGCGUUCCACGUGUAUCAGGUGUACAUACGGAUAAAAGAUGAUGAGUGGAACGUGUACCGGCGCUAUACCGAGUUCCGGAGCCUGCACCACAAGCUACAGAACCAGUUCCCGCAAGUGAGGGCCUACAACUUCCCGCCCAAGAAGGCCAUCGGAAACAAGGAUGCCAAGUUUGUGGAGGAGAGAAGGAAGCAGCUGCAGGGUUACCUGCGCAGUGUCAUGAACAAAGUCAUCCAGAUGGUGCCCGAGUUUGCUGCCAGCCCCAAGAAGGAGACUCUGGUGCAGCUGAUGCCCUUCUUCAUUGACAUCACCCCACCUGGAGAACCACUGAACAAGAACAGCCGACCCAAAGUGGCUUCCCGCUUCCCAAAACUAUCCCGUGGUCAGCCCAGGGAGACACGCAACGUGGAACCCCAGAGUGGAGACCUCUGACCUCGGUGGAGUUCCCAGCCACUCUCUGCCCAACUCAGCCAUGGCACCUGGCCCCUGAUGCUUUGGCAUGACAACUACGUCCCCCUGGGAGUGAACCUUCCCCACUGCCACACACCAUCCCUAUUAAACUGGUCAGUCUCAGCUGCCCGGUCCCUGUCCUUAGAGCAAGGCACCGCUCAGUGGACAGAUGAGAACACUGUCACUACUCCCCAAGGUGGCCAAGGCUAGCCAUCCUCUUGGCUAGUGGCAGGGUGGGUUCCAGGCUGGGCUGGUACCCCUGGCUGAGAUGCACAGCUCCACAUCACGCAGGACCUUCAGACGCCCUCCACGACGCCUUCCCGCGCAUGCGGGAAGCAGAACAAGGGUUUGGUUUCCCUUUUGGCUUUCUUCAUAACAUAACUAUCUGCUGCUCCCCCCGCCCCUCCCCCGUGGUUAGACACCCAGCAGCAUUAUCAUGUGGCUCACAGGGAUGUCACUCCUUUGGGCUGGAGUCACCAGUGACAGUUAUUUUGGUUCUUUGAACACUGACCACAUAGGAAACUUGAGGCCACCCUGAUCAGGGCUGACGGUCAGGCCUGGUGAGCUCUGCCAUCCAUCCCAGCCUCCAGCCGCUGCCUGGGGACUUGGUGGUGAGGAGAAAGCCCUGGCCCCAGAAGUGGUGGCUGUGACCUCAGAUCAUGAAGGACUUGUGCAGAAGGUGACACGGACCCUCAGCUUCUCGGACCAAGUGUCAUCUCUGAACAGAUGACUUUCCCUAAAGUUACGUUCAGGACAUACUGUCUGUGUGCCCUCAGAGCGGCAGAACCCUCUCCAAGACUGUUUACCAGUUGCGCCCAUCUCAGGGCAUGGUCCUAGUGUCCCAGGUUCAGCAGGCACAAAGUGGAGUGAAGACCAGUAGCCUGACAGCCCCUAAACUUCUCUUCCACCCAGCUUGGGUCCCUCCACUUUGUCAAAGGAUUUAUCACCAAAAUUACAGAGCCGUCUCCCCAGCCAAAACCACCCUGAUGGCUAAGUGCAAAGUACAGGAGCUUGCAAAAGGGACCCGGCAAGAAUCAGUGAGAGCUUCUCUGACCGAGGCUGGCGGAGAUGCCCGGACAUUUAAGCAUGCCCACGUGUAGGUGGGCUAGCAUUUCACAGAGGCAGGUGAGGUAUUGUUGAAUGGCCAGGGGGACAGGGGCGUUUCCUUGCCUGAGGAGAUCUCAGGGAAGGCUGCUGCUGAGCACAGUCCCUGGAAGCCAGAAGAAAUCUCAGGGCACAGGAAAAGGACCUGACCACAGUGCAGAGGAACAUAAGCCUGGACAGCUCCCACUUCGGCAGUUGCCUCAGGUGAGGCUGAGAACACCUGCUGGCCCGACAGCAAGGGCACAGAGAAGCUGCUCUUCCACCUCCUGAGGAAAAGGAGAGGCCUCUGGCCCUAGGAAGCCAGCAUCGCCUCUCCCCUGUACCCAGACCCAAUGAUGCACUGGACUGCUGGGCCUGGCACUGAGCCCAGAGCCCUCUUAGCCAAAGGUGCAGAGCCUGUGGGACACAGGUGGCUCUAGACAUCUCUUCUAGGCUGGGGCGGGGAGGGGGCACUGAGGCUGUUUCCUGUUCUGUUGAAUUCCAUAGAGAAAGGACCCUGUCACCUUCUAAGGCCCAGGGUCCUGAGCAGAAGGCCAUUGGGGGCACCUGGCCUAAACCAACCUCAUUAGGAGUCUGGGCUCCAGGGAAGGAUGAAUCUGCCAGGUGCCCAGCGUUGGCAUUGACUCUGCUCCCUCAAUUCUCAAAGUUUCACUGAAAGCUGCACAGCACGGGUUACGAGAGCACAGCUCAGGGCCAUGAGGGACCGCCUGGCUGCUUGUAGCCUGCCUCCCCCUGACCUCCUGCUGGGAAUGAAACUCAGAGCCCUGCAUUCUUUCACAGUCUAAGUGGGUGCGCUACCACUGGCCUACACCCCUGCUGUUGGCCCCACAGAAGUCCUGGAAUCACCUUCCGGCUCCGGGUCAUCCCCUCUCGUUACCUGAUCAGCUUGCAUGGGCCUCACAGGCUUCUAGAACUCCUCUGUUGCACCUACAAAACCAGCCAUGGAAAGCCGUUCCCAGGUAUGCAUUUGCGAACAGAGCCAGCCGGCACACAAGACCCCUUCCUCCCUGGAGCUGAGGCCCAAGUCCAGAAACCAGGAUGUGGAGCACUGCCCACUGAAAACCCCAGCUCUUCGGGAAACUUUCCUACCCCCGAGCCCGGUUCUCUGGCCUUGUGCUUGAUCAAACGUUUGAUUCUGUCUGGGAGCCGUUGGCAUGCCCUGAGGACCAGGUUACCACAAUUCAGGCCCUGGCUGCUGCCCCACAGGGCUACGAGCCCCUUGGCUUGCAUAACCUCUCAGGAGGAGGCCAUUGUCCAUUUUCUGAACCCAGCAGCAGGUCCCUCACUGUUUGCCCUACACCUCUGAACACACCCCUCCAACCUCAUCCAGUUGAGGCCAGAGAAAGGGGCCCAGAACUUGAAGCCCCCAGAAUCUGCCUACAGAUCAUCUUGCCAGCAGUGCCCCAACCCGUCACGAGUCCCAAAUGUCCAAGGCAAUACUGGAUCUGGCUGCUCUGCAUCCCACUUGGGACAAUGCCUCCACCCUGCCUUCUCCUCACCUGGACAGUCACCUGCUGUGUGCAGAAAGCAGGCACCUCUCACCAGGCCUAUCCCGACGGAUGUUCUUCAGAACAUCUUGCAUCACGUCACUAAAGCCAAGUGCUAAAUACUUGCUUUCCGAGUUGGCUUCUGUGCUAAUUCUGCACAACUGUAGCACUGUAUAUUUUAUCUAACAUUUCACUACUGCUGUCACACAUGGUCUUGAUUAGGUUUCUGAAGAAAAGCCCCAGCUACUGGAUCGCAGGAAGGAAAGCUUAGCGUCGGGCCUCCGGCUCCGGCUCGGGCUCCAGGCAAACCCGACCCCGGCCAGCAUGCCUCUGACUUUCCUCAGUGAGCUGUGAGUCACUACCGCCCAACUGCAGUUGCUCCAAAUGCUGUCACAGAGCCCUUGCUUUUGUCGUUAAAUUCUGACAGCCAAUAUCAACAGACUUCUGGCACCCAAAGAAGUAAAAACACAAAUAAUGACAAAGCAAGAGCCCCCUUGGGGAAGGGUGAGCCACCCCACAGACCAGCUGCUCUACCUGUAGAAGGCGCUGGAGUGACUGGUGCAUUGGGUCUCCCUAUGCGUACACCGAGGUAGAAAACCCACUCACUGACCUGCACUGGUCACCACCUUCCCCUCCAAUGUGCUCAGCUACCUGCCAAGGACAGCCCCUGUCAACAGGAUGGACAAGGAGACCCCAUUAAGAAUGAGGACAGGGGACCCACAACAAUGGGUUGCACCCGGGCCAGCAGAGCUGCGGAGUACCCAGGACCGGAACCUAAGGGCCAGGGUCUGCAGGGAAGGCAUGGGGCCCUCAUGAGCCUUGUGUCAUCUCCUUACUCCAGAAAGGUCCCUGUGACGUCUACAGUCCACGCCUGGAGCCUGAGGGAGCGUCAAGCCUGGAUGUCUGCAGAGGCGUCCAAGUGUGCCGCAUCCUGACCUUCUCUUAGGUUAAGGUUUACAGGAUAGAAUUUUUAAACAAAUAUGUUUAAUUUUCUAAAAUCUCUUGUAUUAAAUUUUUUUUGAAUAAGCUGUGGUAAUUUUGUUAUAAUCUGUUUGAGAUAAACCUCUUUACAGUGGCAAAGAUAAAAAUAGUGACAUUUUCUAAA